AUGAUUAAAAUUGGAUACCAGCCUACAUCUAUUGAAUACUCAAAAAUAAUCAAAACAGCUGCAAAAACUCGAAACCAAGACAUUGUGGAACAAAUUUGGAAAUAUAUUCGUUCCUCAAAUGUUGAAAUUUCAACAGACUUAUGGAACAGUUAUAUUCGUGCUACCUGUAAUGCAGAUGAAACAUUAUGGUAUCGUCGAUUUAACAGAAACACUAACUGCGAAUCAAAAAAAAUUCAAAAAGAGCCGAUUGCUACAAAUCAUGCGGUUAAUCUUGUUACGCAAAUGAUUGAGGAAGGAGUUACCCCUAAUUCUCGGACCUUUGAGCUUGUUAUUCUCUACCUUGGACAGGCCGGCGAGUUAGAUUAUGUCAAGUCAUUAAUUCACUCUCUUUGGGGCGUUUCUUUGAAUUGUUCACGAGAAGAAGCUGAUGUGGUAAAGUUACACACUGGUGAUCUUAACUAUCCCACUAUUACAACUCUUUCCUCUAUCAUAAACUCAUUUGGGGUUUCAAACCAAUUUUUGAUAGGAUUACAAAUUAUGGAAAGAAUACAAAAGCAAUACAAUAUUGUGCUUGAUGGUAGUUCUGCUUCACUUCAACUCUGGAAAUCAAUGAUGAGAUGGGCCUUUUGGACCAGUGAACCUUGGGGGAACACUUCUCCGUUUGCUUUAGAAUUGGUCUGGAAGACAAUAAUAGAGACAAAUAAAAUCCAGCCAAGUGGAAGCAUGAUUCAUUAUAAAAUUUUAAGAGAAUUGUGCCGCAGAGAUUAUGAUUCAGCUGCGAGUAUGAUACCAAUGUUUUUCGAGUCUUCUAAUGUUAAAUAUCCAGAUCAGCAUGUUGUACAAUCAUUGAAAAAAGUUGCUAGAGGGUAUAUUCGUAUUGGAAACGAUGAUAAGUGUGUGAGCUUAUUAAAAAAAUAUGAGUCUUUCCCAGGAAUUUACCAAGAAGUUUUUGACGAUAUCCAGCGGUAUAAUAAACCCUCUGUUUAUGGAAAGUUUUCUUCUGAUAUUUUAGCUUUGGAACAUUUUGAAGCUGCAGCAGACGAAUUAUACAAUGUUGAAGACUCAGAUUUACUUUAA